ACCAGCUGCCGGCAGAGAGUGCAUUCCGAGAGCGCCCGGCGGCUCCUCUGCGGGUCCAGAAAUGGCCUCCACCUUCAACCCCCGGGAGUGUAAGCUGUCUAAACAGGAAGGGCAACACUACGGCUUCUUCCUGCGAAUUGAGAAGGACACCGAUGGCCACCUGGUCCGGGUCAUUGAGAAGGGCAGCUCAGCAGAGAAGGCGGGCCUCCAGGACGGAGACAGAGUUCUUAGAAUCAACGGGGUCUUCGUGGACAAGGAAGAGCAUAUGCAGGUUGUAGAUCUGGUCAGAAAGAGCGGGAAUUCAGUGACUUUGCUCGUUCUGGAUGAGACUUCCUAUGAGAAAGCCGUGAAAACCAAGGUAGACCUGAGAGAGCUGGGCCAGGAGCCGAGCGCGAACGGCAAGACGCCGAGUCCCGUGGCGAACGGAGGGACCCAGACUCCGACCCAGCCUCGGCUCUGCUACCUGGUCAAGGAGGGCAGCAGCUACGGCUUCUCUCUGAAGACUGUCCAAGGUAAAAAGGGCGUGUACAUGACGGACAUAACGCCUCAGGGCGUGGCCAUGAAGGCUGGCGUCCUGGCCGACGACCACUUGAUGGAGGUCAACGGAGAGAACGUAGAGGACGCCACCCACGAGGAGGUGGUUGAAAAGGUGAGGAAGUCGGGAAGCCGUGUCAUGUUCCUGCUGGUGGACAAGGAAACUGACAAGCACCACAGGGAGCAGAAUAUAAAGUUCGAGCGAGAGACAGCGAGUUUGCAGUUCCUGCCCCUCCAGCCCCGGGCUGUGGAGAUGAAGAAGGGAAGCAGUGGCUACGGCUUUCACCUGAAGAGCAGCCCAGAGCAGAAGGGUCAAGUCAUCAAAGACAUAGACCCUGGGAGCCCAGCGGAGGCGGCUGGCCUGAAGACCAAUGACCUGCUAGUGGCUGUCAACGGCGAGUGUGUGGGGUCCCUGGGCCACGACGACGUGGUGGAGAUGAUCAGGAAGGGCGGGGAUCAGAUUUCGCUGCUGGUGGUGGACAAGGAGACGGACGAGCUGUAUCGACUGGCUCAUUUUUCUCCAUUUCUCUACUAUCAAAGUCAAGAACGGCCCGAGGGCUCUGUCCAGGAGGCUCCGGCUCCCGCUGCUCCUCUGGACGGCCCCAGUCCAGACGCCACAGAGGAAGCAGAACACAAGCCGAAGCUGUGCAGGCUGGUGAAAGGCGAACAGGGCUACGGCUUCCACUUAAAUGCGCUUCGGGGUCAGCCAGGCUCAUUCGUCAAAGAGGUCCAGCAGGGCAGUCCUGCCGACCUGGCUGGCCUGGAGGAUGAGGACAUCGUCAUCGAAGUCAACGGGGUGAACGUGCUGGAUGAACCUUACGAGACGGUGGUGGACAGAGUCCAGAGCAGUGGGAACGAGGUCACGCUCUUAGUCUGUGGAAAGGUGGCCUACGAUUAUUUCCAGGCCGAGAAGAUCCCGAUCGUGUCCUCCAUGGCCGACCCGCUGGACGCGGCCCCGGACACCGCAGAAGGCUCGCCGGCGGGAUCGGAGCCAGGCUCGCCGGCGGGGUCGGAGCCAGGCCCCCAGUACAGCCUCUCAUUCCUCCAACUCUGA